AUGCACACCGCCGCUGUAGAUGCUGAACACGAAUAUGUGUAUGAGGAUGACUUUGAUGGGAAUAGUUUCGAUGAUACAUCUGCUGAGAAAUACACGGACAUGGCAGCCGGGAAGAAACGCAACAGCAUAAUGAGUCAAGAGUCUGAGUUCGAGAUCGAUGACCAACUAUACAGCGAUGAUGAUGGUACUGACGCAUAUAAUGACUAUACCCUUGUAGAGCCUCUCAGUACAGUUUCUGCAAGAGAGCUGAAUCAAGGAACAGUCCCCAACCUAAAAUAUGAAUGCCUUACCGCACAAAGCAUCUUUGAGAAGAUGGUUGAACGAGUGAACCACUUAAAGCUUAUAUUUAACAUUUGCACAGAAGACCUGCUAAGUUUGAUGCAACAUUUCGAUUGGAACGAGGAGCGGCUAUUGGAAAGCUGGACUGAUAAGAUGGACGAUCUGCUGGUAGAAAUAGGGCUUAAAAAUGCAUCAGAAACAGUAUCUGGGACACAAAUAGACGCUUCAAACGGUACAGAAACUGCUCGAACUUUGAACUUUCGAAACAACUUCUCAUGCAUGAUCUGCUGUGAGGAGAAAACAACAAAUACCUUUUCCCUUGAAUGUGGACAUGAAUAUUGUAUCGAUUGCUACAGACACUAUGUUAACGAUAAGCUGAACAGUGGGAACAUUAUAUCAUGUAUAGGAUGCUCGUUGGCACUGAAGAAUGACGAUAUUGAUAAAAUAACGGGCUCUCCAUCCUCCAAAAAACUAAUGAUGUCAUCGAUUAAGAGCUUUGUUCAGAAACACAAUAAAAAUUACAGAUGGUGCCCGUUCACAGAUUGCAACUAUAUUAUACAUCUAAAAGACACUUCCUCACUAGAUGAAUAUGCAAGAUUGCAUUAUUCGCCGUUUGUAAAAUGCAGCGACUCCCACAGAUUUUGUUUCAGCUGUGCUUUUGAAAUACAUGCCCCUGCCGAUUGUAAUGUGACAGCCUUAUGGGUAAAUAAGUCUCGGAAGGAAUCCGCCAAUUUGAAUUGGGUAUUAUCAAAUACGAAGGAAUGUCCAAAGUGUUCUGUGAAUAUCGAAAAGGAUGGUGGGUGCAACCAUAUGGUAUGUUCGGGUUGCAAGUAUGAAUUUUGCUGGAUUUGCGAACGAGAUUGGACUCCUCAUGGUAAAAGUUUCUAUCAGUGCACUUUAUACAAGAGUGACGAUGACAAGAAAAAUGCAAAGACAUCACUGGAAGUGGCAGCAAAAACACUGAAAAAGUACACCUUCUACUACAAAAUGUUCAAUGCACAAGAAGAGUCAGCGAAGUUGGAUUGGACUUUAGGGCAGGCAGUUGGGGCAAAAGUGCGCUUACUGCAAGAAAAAAUGGGAGUUUCUUGGAUAGAGGGACAAUUUUUGGCAGAAAGCGUUCGAACGCUAUAUGAGGGGAGAACAGCUUUGAAGUGGUCCUUCGCAGUUGCGUAUUAUUCAGAUGCAUCGCAUAAUCUCACAAAGAUUUUUGUGGAUAACCAGAGCUUGUUAUCUGCAGCGGUUGAGGAUUUGUCCGAACUAUUAGAGAUAAAGGAACCCGCAAAAAUCAUGGACAGGAAAACAGAUUUCUAUAAUAAGGCGGGAUAUGUUGAAAACAGAACAUCUGCAUUGAUUGAAUGUGGACGGGACCUAUUAUGCAAGGGUAUAUGUAAACCUGUCUAA